UUUUGCCGACCCCAGCAGAUCAUUUUGUGCGCCGCGUAUCUUCUUGUGAACGUUCUGCGCGCCGCGUGCGAGUAGUGACUUACUUUUUAUUGAUCAUCGAGCGUCUUCUCCCGACUGCACUCCAACGUUUCGGAUUUUUUUUUGGUGCAGAGAACGAUUUUUUUGGUUUUGUUUUACAAUAAUUUUCACGAAAGUCGAACUUCUCUAGAGAUCGUAGUUGAUGAUAACUUGUACGCCGUUGAAGUUAUUGUAACGUAUUUUUUCGGUAUCGAAUCGAAAUGCUGGCUGGAGGAAGAGCUGGGACAAACAGGAUCGAAAUGAUUUUCCUCUUUUGCGAAAAAAAGGAGAGCAGUGAUAUGCAAAACGAGUUUUGAAGUGCAUCUCGAGGGAAUUUGGUUUGGACUGUCGCGGCGGCACAGAAAAAUUGUGCAAUCGAGUGAAUAACCUACUAAACCAUUGAAUCCCCAUGAAGUGAGGAAAAAAUAUCGACUGAUAGUGAUCGAUCACGAUUGAUCUGAAUAUAUGGUUCAAAAAGCAACUUGAUUCGAAGUGUGUGGUUCACGUAUUGGAUUUGAAGAAAAAUAAAUCUCAGCAUAAAUUAUGCAAACAUCAGCACCCAGAGUACAAAACAAGUGCUCGGAUGGAAAGGUAGAACUUGUGCUGAGUAAAAAAAACAACAACGACGAGUGUAACGGGAAACGGAUUUGGAUUAGUGUUUUCGACACAAGCUUUUAAAAGUGCUCCGGUGUGAGGUCUGUUGAUCGUCACUCUGCGGACAUAAAUAUCGAUGCGGGGCUCUUAUAGAGAAUAGAAAUUGAAAGUCGUGCGUAAAGUGUGAAAAUUUCAAAAUAUUUUCAUGACAUCAUUUGGGAAAAUUAAUUGAAAUGGAUGUCAUUCCGAGCUGACGGCUUACUUAAGUGUGUGCGGAUUGUGUUGCCUGGUAGCAUCUUGUCACGUCAAGGAAGAAGUGAAGCAUAAGUCGUCGUUUUCAUCUCGAUGUGUAGAACUGAGCGUAUCAGAUGCGAAUUACGACGAUGCUGCUGAACGCGUAAAGCAGUUGCAUGUGCACUGCGGAAGGAAGUGUGAAGAGAGUAGCUGAAGAAAUAAGAGGAAUCCAAAGGUGGAUAUGCAGCGCAGCAGAUUAAGAAAUCAAUUCAAGGUUGGCUGACGAAGUUGAAGUUGAGAUGAAAAUGUGCAUGUGAUCGCAUUUCGGUGAAGUCUGAAAAAGGGGGAAACAUUGUGCUCGAGUUCGUAUAAACAACAGCAGAAGGCAGAAACUGAAGAUCGGAGAUAAAAAAAAUCAUCCAAAAGGAAGGUGAUGAUCAUUAUUGUGUGUCAGGCCGAGGAAGAAACGUGCUGUGAAGUGAAAUAACUAGCACAACGAUUCAAAUGGGUCUGAUUUGCGAGUGAUAGCAAACGGAGGGUGGCUAAUCUAUGGACCUACAACACAAAAUUGAUUACCGAUAUCCAUCAGCUGUAAAAGGUUACUCGCGUAAAAAAAAAUCGAACGAAAGGAAUCGAUCGAACUGCUCCGACUGCGUGUGGCACAGGAACGAAGAAGUACGUUAAAAUCAAACAGCAUCGUUACAUGCCUGAAAGAGCUAACUGGCUGAGGUUAAAGGCCUAUGAAUCACCAAAAAAAAAAAUCAGGAACCCAGCUCAAGCAAGCGAGCGAUUUUUAAGCCGCGCGCACCGGUGAAUGAAUGACAGUCUUUCUUUCACGCGCCACCAGCUGCGAAGAUGCUGCUGCGAUGUUCCUGCUCCAGCUUCAACCCGCCACCCACCGGUUUAGCAGAUGAAACAUGACCAAUCAAUUUAAUCCUCACGAGGAAGCCCGGACGAUGAAAACAGUGCCACCGAAUUGCCAAAAGCUUACCUCAACAGAAGAAGCCUCAACCCGAAAUCAACAACAGCAACGAUGGAACAGGGCAAUACCGGAAUCGGAUUACAUCCAGCUCGGUACCUUACGGUACGGGGUGCGGCUGUCCGAUUCGAGUCUACCGAGUGCAAACGGUACGAUGACAGGUGAUGGCGUUGUUCGGCAUCGUGGUGGGUCCACGGAUGAAACGAAAUAUUCGAAACGGGUAUCGAACAGCAGCAGCUCCUGCGAAUAUCACACCAACGGUAACUGUAAGGUGAGCAGCGGCGCCGGAAGUACCACUUCCGGAGGGAGUGCCAAUCGAAGUUGCUGCUGUAUCAGCACCAGCGGGAUUGAAAUGCCGUGGACCGGAAGCAGCUACGUGAGGUCACGUUUGCCCAUGCCCAGUAGUUUCGCUAAGAAUAGAAAAUCGUCGCCCUCAACAUCAACAUCGUCGUCUUCCUCGGCUGGCAGUGGUGGUGGUGGUAGUAGUCUUAGUAGUAGAAGUACUGGCCAUCAUCAUCAGCAGCUGCAUCAGAAUCAGAAGCAAUCCGGUGGUCCACAACAAGGAAGCAGACCGACGACGACGACGACGUUGCUGCAGUUCAACAACGGAACGUCGCAGACCGUUGCACCUCAAAACCAAAACCGCGACCGCGUUGAUAAGAACGAUUACGGCGACGAAAAACGUGAUGAGCUCCGGGAAUCUUCACCAGCAUCCUCGCUGACCGUUUGCUGUUAUAGCAAUCAUUUCGGUAGUAAAAGUGUCGCCAAUAACGAUGGAAAUAGUCUUAUUAAAGUGAACAACAAAUAUUUAGAUAAUAAGAAAUUGAAAAAGGUGAACAACAACAAAACUAACGGAAAUUCCAACAACCCAAAGUCCUCUUCGGUGAUCAAUGAAGGGGGGAAAAGUGGUGGGCGGGAAAAUAAGCUCGAAUCGACAGUUGAGGAUGGAAAAUGGUCAAAUAGUUUCGAAUAUGGCGUCGUGAAAAGCGGUGAUUUUUCAUCUUUGACCAGUGGAAAAGAAACUCUCAUCGGCAUUGGUGCAGGCAAUGUGAAGCAAACCGAUGGCGAUGAUUUAAAUUUAAAAUUCAUAAACGCACAGCACUCGAACCACGAGCCACGACUGAAAGAUGUGAACAUAAAUUAUUUCAAGAAAAAGAAUAUAUCGUGCGAUGUGUAUUUUGGACUCGAUUCAAGUGUAGGUCGAACGCGAAAUAAUAACAAAAAUAAUAUCGGAAAAAACACUUCCACAACUGGUGAUGAUGUCUGUGCCGACGAGUUGUCUUCAUCUUCUUCUCUGUCGCCUAGGUCGCCAUCUCCCUUGCCAUUGCCUCCGCCCCCUUCGACGAUCUUAGCUGCUGCGGACGAUUCGCCAUGGAUGCUGUUUGAUGAUUGCGUUCGGCAGCCGACACCACCUUGUUCUGAGGGGAAAAGUUUUUCCUGUGCGAUCGAAACAUCUGGCGGUCAAUUAGAUUCACCCACAAACCAAACCCAACCCCAGCGUCGGCUUCGAACUCUCAGUGAUUCGAUCGCCAAUCACGCGACCCACGACAUUGGCUUAGCUAAUGCAAACAAAUCUGGCCGCUCGCUCAGUGAUUACAAACAUAACACCGAAGAUCUGCCAAACUUCGCUCACCAGCGCAAAAGUUCACUACCAGUAAUUAAUCAUACCAAUGUCAAUCGGUCACACUUGUACCGAAAACUUGCCACCGAUAGCGCUACUAGUACAAAGACCAGUUUACGCCCGGAUAGUUUUGCUAACUCAGUAGUGAUCUGCCAUCUCACGCCCAAACUACAUCCUAAAGGAUCGUCGCACGAUCACAGCACUGCCGAAACGCGCCUGAAAUCUCUCAACCGGUACUGUGCCCGAAAUCUGAGCCCCAACUUCAACCCACCGGAUCCAGCAGAGAUAGAAGAUUUCAGUUUCAUCGAUUCGUCCGAUAUUUCAUCGACAGGAGAUGAUAUUAUUACCGUCAUCAACGAAGAGGAUUACCAUGAAUAUCAAAAUUUUCCACCCAUACCGAUAAAUCACAACAACCCCUCGAAGGAAAAUUCACACCCAAGUGGUUGUGUGGCCGCAGACAACCACCAGAAGAAAAUUCCUACCAGUGUUUGUGAUGGUGAUGAAUCAGCUGCAAACGGUUGCGCUGACGAGACCAAGCCGAGUUUUCCUGCGAUCAAAUACAAGAAGAACAGUGUAACGAAUCUCAAUCCCGCGCUCUGCAUCCGAGGCGGAAAUCGGGAAAACAGUGAACGCAAAGUGAGACUCAGGCCCUCCAGCCUCAGUGAUAGUAACAACAAUAACCGUAAUAAUCCCAAUAACAGCCCAAAAAGUGUCUUACCCAAGCGACCAACUAGUGAGCUUAAAAAGUUGAAUACUUCUUCUAAUAAUAGCCGCGACUGCGACGGCGAAACGGCGAACGGUUUGGACGAGGCGACAUCAUCGCCAUCCCCAAACGGUGGAAGCCAAUACUCGCAACUAAAAUUUAAUAAUAUAUCACCGGACAAUUCUUCGAGCAGCUUAAACUGUUUCGGGAAAAAUCAGCUUCAUGCCAGGGACACGGCAAAUGACAAACCGAUAAUGGAAAAACGUAACAAUACGUUGGAUCGUUUACAAAAAUUGGUUAAAAAGACGACAUCGGGUUCGAAUGAAAAAAAUCCCGCCGAUAAACACAGUGGCACAAAAACCGAACGUUUGAGAGAGUUAACCGAGCUGCUGAAAGGAAACAGAACACCACCUGUGCCGCCCCCUCGAAGACCGAAACAUUCUCACAGUGUUGAUAAAUCAUUCGAAAGGCCGUGCAACUCUUCAAGUUUGCUCAACAUCAACACUUUGUCCAGUGAAGAAGGUUGCAGCAAUUUGUUGAAAACGAAAGAGUCCCGCUCAAUUGACAUCCCUUAUCAAUUUGUGGAAAGCAAUCGCUCAUCCACUCCUAGCUCUCCUCUGAGCGAGCAUAAAAGUGCACUUCGAGCGAAUGUGAGCACUUCCAAUUUGGACUGUUUGCACAAUUCUACCAAAGAAACUGGCUUCGUUGAGGAAGUGCGUGAUGAAAAACCUCCCAAUGAAGUCGAUGAAAUUUUUACUAAAUUACCCCGUCCCGAAUCUAGAUCUAUCGUUGGUUCCUACACACAGAAAACUAUCCCUUUCCGAAGCGCAUCAUUUUCACAGGUAGACUAUUCCUCGGGAAAGUACAUACGAUCGGCAUUAGGAGCACUCAAGAAUAGUCUAAUGCGAAGCAAAGAUAGUUCAGGAUCAGACAGUGUUACGCUUCCAAGGAACAAGAAAGAAUUCACACGAAGCUGUAGUCCAGUUCCUUUAUCUACGGUUUCCGAACCAGAUAUGCCACUUGAAGAAAAUGAAAUAUCCUCGCUUACAUUGAAGAAAACCGAACUGAGCAUAAGCUUGGUUCCUCCGGAUGUGUACGAUCGAAUAGAUUGUUUCGAUGGAAGAGAGCUCUCUUCGAACAGGAAUUCGGAUAUCGAAACCAUUGUUGAGGAUCCCGAAGCUGAACACAUUGAAAACAUCGAGAACCAAAACCUCGAGCAAAGGAAAGCCGAAAUUUGUGUUGUUCAAGCAUCGCAAAUGGAGUUGGAACCUUUGGUGGAGGAAGGAAUUCCUAUCACUCCACAGGCUUUAACCAAAGAUGAGGAAUGUUUGCAACAAGCGACUACCUGUUUGAUACCAGUACCUGUGUACGAUUGUGUAGUUAGUGAAUGGAGCACAGCUCGACCUUCUGAACAAUGGAUAGAUGCUUCCGUUACGGAUUGUGAAAGACUGACGGACUGCUUGGAGGAACCUAGUGAUGUCAGUACGCAGCUUCCGGAACAAAAAGAAACGCCAGCUAAUGAUGCAGAAGAGCUGUUUAUCGAAAAUCCACCCCAUGUUAUUGAGCCUGAUGUAGCAAAACUGGAACCGGUUGAUGAAGCUGAGGAAAGCCUUCUGGAACCAGCAUCUGAAACCAUGAUUUGUACCCCGCCCGUUUCGAUUAUUUGUACAGAACCAGAUUGUCUGGUGAGUACCACAAUUGUAGAAACUCCUCCUACACCUGACGAACAAUCACCGACACGUGAUUCGGAAUUUGUAGAAAUUGUAGAGGUUCGAAAACGGCACAGCAAUAAUGAUGAGAAUGGCGAAACAGUGAGCAAUUGCAAUAGUGAGAUUGAAGAGAAGCGAAGAAUGGACAAGUUCAAACGUCGGAAAGGAAUUUAUAUUCAAUGGCCAGCAAUUGACACCCAUAUUGAUCCCGAAUCUGAUUCGAAUGAUAACUGUCCUCUGGACAACAAUUGGCGUCGAAAUCGUUUGACGAUUGAGAAAGAUUCCAGUCUCGAUUUGAGUGGUGAUAGUUUCACAGAUCUUAGCUCCAAAGACAUUACCUCGUCGCCGGAAAAAUGCAAGGAUCUAGAUAUCCAUCAAGCCGAUCCAUUCUUAUUGGACCCAAACACUCCAGAUUCUGACAUAGUCAAGCCAAUGUGGCCCAAAUCUUCCCGUAGACAAAGUCUAACCUAUCAGAGCUCGGAUGAAAAAGAUGACGCGACGGCUAUGUCUUCGAUGCCGGUGCGAUCGUUUAAAAAUAUUUUUCUGCGUUCGGAUUCUGUGUCGGAUAACGAAAGUGACCGCGCUUCCUCGAGGGACCGUACCAGUGCCUCACCUGCCCCACCAAAUGAACACGAUUUGAAACGCUACUCGAAGAGGCCGCUGCGAGGUCCCUACGGUCAAAUGCUGGAAGCGGAGAUGAAAAAACCUUCUAAAGUACACUACAACGAAAUACUGGAGGAACUUUGCCGGCAUGAAAGUUCCCACUCCUUCCCAUCUUUCAAUAGAAAUAGAGGUAGUGGUAGUCAGUCGAUGGACGAGACAAACGAUCGUUACACUAACAAACUGUUCAAACCACGAAAAACCAAUGCUAGUCUUCCGCUGCCCAGUCACAGCAGAACGGCUUCGAGUCCUUCGAAGCUAGCCGAGUUAGGAUCAACUGAAUCGUCCCCAACGAGCAACUCCAAACGAAAUCUCAGCAAUAUUGAGCAGCGCAGCACCGAUUCCGAUAAGUCGGACAAGUCUCCCAGCAAGCAGGAGACCAAGAAGUUUUCCCUCGAUAGUCGUCUUUCGGAGAAGUGCUUCAACCGAAACUCCGAUGGCCAUGAAAAGCCAACCAAACGAAGUUCUUCGGGAGCUAGUGACAAGCACCAGAAACGAAGUUUGGAUGACAGCCAGUACAGCCAGGCCGCUAGCCGAACGCCUUCAGAGCGCAGCUUCGUGCUCAAUACCCCGGACACUCCGAAAAGUCUGAUGGCAUCUCCGGAACUGUUGGCUGAACUGCUGAAAGGUUCUAGUGAAAAACUUAUUACCGAGCAGCUGACAGGUGGAAGUGGUUCCAGUGGUUCCAGCAAUGCUCUACCGACAGCCGUGCUGAAGUGUUUGGAUACGCGGACUCACGUUGUGGUCGAGCUUUUCAACACGGAAAAAUCUUACGUCGAAUCUUUGCAGACGAUAGUGUUGAAAUAUUUGAACCAAUUAAAAUCUCCAGAACACUCUGGACUCGUUGAUACCCAAACGGUGGAUGAGAUCUUCUUUAUGGUUCCAACCAUACUCAACAUACACGAAAGAUUCCUGGAAGAGCUACGGAGACGUCUCGAUUCCUGGGAUCCAUUACAGAAAAUAGGAGAUGCAUUUAUUGAUGUGUUUUCGAGACCAGUUAUCUUGGACACCUACACAUCAUUCGUCAAUAACUGGAACCGUGCCAAAGAUGCGAUUCGUGCCACCCGACAGAAGUGCCCAGCUUUUGCGCGAUUUUUGGAAGCCAUGGCUCGAGAGCACAAGGGCAAACUUUCGUUGGACAAUUUGUUAAUUAAACCCGUACAAAAAUUCCCAAACUAUGAAUUAAUCCUAUCAAGACUGAUUAAACACACCGACAUUGAUCACCCCGAUCAGAAGCCAUUACAGGAAGCGCUGAAGCUGGUGCACGAUAUUCUUAUGUUCCUCAAUUGCAAAGAGAAAGAAGCACUCGAAAAUGAUCAACGGGAAACGGCACUCCGGGAGCUGGAGGGGGUCAUCGAGGGCAUGAACGAGCUUGUGACCUCGGAUCGUGCCUUCCUGUUGUUCGAUCUGGUGUCGAUGCCUUCCGGACAGACCCGCAAGGAGCGAGGAUUUUUCCUGUUCAAUGACCUUUUGGUUAUCACCAGUAUUAAGAGACGGAGCGGAACGAUACGGAAAAAUAAUGUGACUUGUCUAGGAAGUGUAGCAUCCACGCUCGAUACCAAUAAAUACAAAUUCCUGACCAAAAUUUCACUGGACGAUCUAGAAAUCGUUAAAUCUAAAGAUGAGAAUGUUCGGCGCAUUAUGAGAGAGAUCGAGAAUCUCUCUGAGGAUUCCACAAAGUUGCUCCAAAUUUCGGAACUGGCAGCCAGUCUAAGGUGUCCCCAUCAGCUUUUGGAAGAAGCAAUUCGGGAUCUGCAGCGAGAAGUUCAACGCCAGCUCUCAGAACGCCAAACGAACGAUGCUCAGCUGAACAUCCUCGAAUUGACACUCAAUUCUUCAAAUGGUACUCAAAAUAUGACCGUAGUAUUCUCGAAACCGGACAAACGAUCUCAGUGGGAGGAGGUUUUCACGGAAGCGAAGCAGAAACUCGCCAGCACGACGGAACGCUGCCAGAUCCCGGUAUUUCUGUGUUCGGUGCCGAUUCGGAAAACCAGAGCCGGGCUGCAGUUCACUUGUGCCUCUCCGACGCUCGGAGCCCAGCGUGAUGUUUGGGUUUGCAACAGCGAUGGUUACGUGGGCCAGGUCUGCGUGUUAAGCCUCGUUCCGGAACCAACGGUCACCAGCUGUAAUGGGGUUUGCAACGCCCGGAUCCUGUGUGUCGCCUCCGUGCCUGCUUCCGAAGACUGCUCUUCUAGUCAUAGAACCAACAGUAUCAAUAUUUCUGUUCAAGAUGCAAUUGUUCAACCGAACUCCUAUGCAUCAAAUUCCGUAGUCAAUUCCUCGAAAUCACGUGAUAAGAAAUCGUCUAAAUCUAGGUCCUCAAAUUUAGAGAAGAAUUCCAGCAACAUUCAAUUAGAUUCGGGCAGCUCGAGUGGAGAAUCGGACACCGAAAGUCACCAAGAUCGAGCUGUAAGUCCUUCGAGCGAGAAGGCCUCUUCAACGCUAGCACCAACAGCUAUUUCGCACAGACACCAGGAGUCCAAUUCAGAGGAAUCCGAUGGCCAGCAGUCUACCAUGUGGCUCGGCACUGAAGAUGGCUGUAUUCAUGUGUACAACUGUACAGACAAUAUUCGAAUCAAAAAGAAUAAAAUCAAAAUACCCCAUACAAGUGCGGUGUAUUCCAUUUUGUACUUGAACAACAGGGUCUUCGUUUCUCUCGCGAAUGGAGAUGUAUGCGUUUAUUCAAGAGAUCAUAAUGGUUGGAACACUACAACUCCCAUCACGAUGUCAGUUGGAACAGUGAAAAGUCCAGUAACAAAGCUUUUGAACGUACACGGUAAACUCUGGUGUGCUAUCCAAGGCUGCAUCAAAGUAUUGAACACGACAUCCUUACUGGAGGAUAGUCAAAUUCAAAUUUCGAAUGAUUCGAAACCCAUUACAAAUAUGACAGUAUUGAACGAUUUCGUGUGGAUUUCCGUGCAAAAUUCAGCACACAUAAAAUGCUGCCAUUUUGAAAGCUUCGAGAUCAUAUUUGAGGUGAAUCUGGCACCGUCGGUGAACAAGAUGCUCUCCAACUGUGAUGACAUUAUUCGGCAGCACAAGGCUGCGUGCCUUCGAGUGACGUCGCUGCUCGCGUGCAAGGAUCUGAUCUGGGUUGGAACCAGUGCCGGAGUGCUGCUCACGAUUGCAGCGUCCAACGUUUGCAAGGGGUCGGCCAUGCCUGCCGUUACAGGUAUCCCCCAUGGCCAUACAGGACAUGUUCGAUUCCUAACGGUGGUUGAACCCCCGGUCGGCGAAGGAAAGGAAGGAGAUUCAGAUAAGCCCAUCGGCGGCACCGGUAACAGUAACAUGAAUAAAACGGAAAUAUCUGCCGGCAAUCCUUCGGCCGGACAACCCAAUUUGCUGGUCAUUUCCGGUGGCGAUGGGUACGAGGACUUCCGCAGCUCCGGAACCAAUACCAUGAGCGAAAUUGCCGGCCGAGAAGACAGCACCAACCAUUUGUUGCUUUGGCAGGUUUAGUGAAUAUGCGUUGCGUUUUAUGGUUUCGAUUUUGUCAAGUAGCCAAACAUCGGUGUCGUUAUUAUGUUUGUUAAUCUUAUUUGUUUGACCUUUUUGAAAGCGUCUUUUAGGAAAUUUACUUAAUUUGGCAAGCUGGACUUGUCCCAAAGGGCGAAAGAUAUUGCAACCGCAAAAUCUGCAAUUACAGUCGUUUGGAUUUAUUCAUUGGUUUCCAAAAAUUA